AUGCCUUCCUACAUUGUCACCUGCAAGGAGGACGCCAGCCCCGAGCAAGUCGAGGAGGUGAAGAAGCAUACCAAAGAACAGGGCGGCAAGAUUGGCCACGAGUACAGCAUCAUCAAGGGCUUCUCGGUCACCUUUGACGACGACGCCGUGACUACCCUUGAGAACCACCCACACGUCAAGAACGUUGAGGCCGACGGCGUGAUGAGGACUCAAUAA